CGAUCCUUCUUGAAUUCGUGAUCGGCGGCAGCUUCUAGAUCACUCAUCACUCAAACCGCUAAACUGCAUGGUGAAAGCGUCUACAUGUGCGCACGCACACGGAUGGCUGAUUCACGAUUGCUGAAGUCGAAUGUGAAACGGGCGGAUGCAGAGGAGAUCAGGGCGGACGCGAAGCGAUUUCAUCUUCAGGAGACCUUUGAACUGAUUCGUUCUCCUUCCAGCAAGAAGAACCGAAAUUAGCCCUCAUGAAGACUACGAGGUGCCUGCUUCGCAAUCUAGUCCAGCGCCCCGCGUCAGCUUUGUCUAUGACUUCGGGGUCGCACAGGAGCGCAUACUCCACCAUGACGAGCAAAGGAGACGCUGCAAGUUUGAACUCUCCGAUUCCAAUCCUGCGCACGCUGGCCGAGCUUCGGGAAUGGCGACGUGCGCUAUUCGCUCGGGGAGCUACUGUAGGUUUUGUGCCCACAAUGGGCGCGCUUCACUCUGGUCAUCUGAAUCUUGUGCGGGCAUCCCUUGCAGAAACGGAUGAGACGAUCGUCUCGGUCUACGUGAAUCCCGCUCAAUUUGCUCCUCACGAAGACUUUGGAUCGUACCCAAGAACACUGCCGACAGAUAUCCAAGCUCUCGUGUCCUUGACGACGAGCGCAGACGACGCGUCAACAGCACCGGCCCGAUCAAAGCUGGUUUCGGCCAUCUUCGCACCCACCACGGAUCAAUUGUACCCCAACGGCAUCGAACGCGACAAGUCGAAGCAGCGUGGAGCUUUUGUGGAAGUCGCUGGUCUGCAAGAUCGAAUGGAAGGCGCUAGCAGGCCCACUUUUUUUCGAGGAGUAGCCACCGUUGUCACCAAAUUGUUCAAUGCCGUGCAGCCUGAUCUAGCUUACUUUGGCCAAAAGGACAUUCAACAAGCAAUCCUGCUUCGACGAAUGGUUUCCGAUCUGCUAUUCCCCCAUCCUCCUGGUCCCUCUGCCGUCCGAGUGUUGCCCACGUCGCGAGCGGAAGAUGGACUUGCCCUUUCGUCGCGCAACGCCUACCUCACUCCAGCUUCGCGAAAGCACGCGACGGCCUUGCAUGAUGCGUUGCAAAGAGGUCAGGAUGCUUGGGCAGGCGGCUCGCCUCCUGCAAAGGUUCUCGAGACCGCACGCUCGCACGUUGCUCACGCAGCCAGACUUUCGGCGCGGGAAAACGUCCACAUUGAGCUUCUAUACAUUAGCCUGAACGAUCCGCAUACCCUCGAGACCAUUUGGGACUCGCAGGACAGAUCACAGCUCAGCGGCGCAAUCUUGAGCGGAGCUGCAAUGAUAUCAGAGGGCAAAGAUGGACAGAAGACGAGACUGAUCGAUAACUUAUUGCUCGACUUCUCAUUGGAAUGAAUGAUUGCAAAUGCGCUUGCC